CUACACCCACAAAUGCUCUACACAAGCUCAACCAUAAUAGUAGCCACCCUCGUAAUACCCAACCCAACCCAACCCAACCCAAGUAUUUUUCAGGGAAAGAGGUAAUUAAGUAACAGGUCUUAAAAUACGGCUGAUUUGAAUUCGACGGCGCCAUAGAUAAGUUGAUACACAGUUCACAUAUAGAUACUCCAUCGAUGUACGCAAACGCUACUAUAGCUACACCACAGUGCCAUUUUUCUUCUUCUUCUUGGCAAUGGAACAAGAACAAUAUUGCGCUAUUUCCCUCUUUGCAAAAGUUGUUAUCCUCACCUCUGCAGCAGCCUCCGACUCUUUUAAUAUCUGCAGUUUCUCCUUCCAAUGGGAAUUUUGUUAACAGCGAAGAUGAAAACUCCGUUAGUAUUAGCAGUAGCCCAAAUGGGUCGUCCGCGGCAAAAGGGUCGGGCACGACUGCGAGAAGUCGGAGGCUGCUGAGGAUUCGGGAAGAGAAGAGGAAACGCGAGCACGAUCGCCUCAAUAAUUAUCCUUCUUGGGCAAAAGUUUUGGAAGAGGCUUGCAAAGAUGAUACUGAGCUCCGAGCUGUUCUUGGUGAUAGCAUAGGCAAUCCUGAGCUUAUGAGGAAGAGGAUUGAAGAAAGAGUUCGGACCAAGGGUAGAGACUUUCGCAAAUCAAAGACCGGUUCUGUUCUUGCUUUCAAAGUCAGCUUUAGAGACUUCAACCCUAUUGAUUCUUACGUAUGGUUUGAACUAUAUGGUUCACCGACUGAUCGAGAUGUUGAUAUUAUUGGUAGUGUUAUUCAAUCAUGGUAUGUCCUUGGUCGCUUGGGCUCGUUCAACUCAUCUAAUCUUCAGCUGGCCAAUUCAUCCGUAGAGUAUGAUCCUCUUUACGAUGCAGAGAAGGGUUUCAAAGUUUUGCCCUCGUCAUUUCACGACAUUAGCGACGUUGAAUUUCAGGACAAUUGGGGCCGUGUCUGGGUUGACCUUGGUACAGCAGAUAAUUUUGCCAUCGAUGUACUUCUCAAUUGCUUGACAGUCUUGAGCUCAGAAUAUAUAGGAAUUCAACAUAUUGUUUUUGGAGGUCGUAGCAUGGGUGAUUGGGAAGAGGGGAUGACAAGUCCUGAGUAUGGAUAUAAGUACUUCAAGAUCUAAGCUUUAUUGUCUUUUGGAUUGUGUCUUAAUAAUCUAUCCGUCUAUUCUAGGCUAGCUCACAAUUUCACACCAUGUGUAUAACACACGUGCUUCGUGUAUUUAUCCUUUGGAUUUUAGAAGUAAGAGGGUGCCUUGCCUUGUGCAAAUUUUGAUCCUUUACUUUUCUAAUUGUUGAUAAUUUUGAACCUAAUAAAGCAGAAGCAUUUUUUUGA